AUGUCCGGCCGCGGGAAGCAGGGCGGCAAAGUGCGGGCCAAGGCCAAGUCCCGGUCCUCCCGCGCGGGCCUGCAGUUCCCGGUGGGCCGCGUGCACCGGCUGCUGCGCAAGGGGAACUACGCGGAGCGCGUGGGCGCCGGCGCGCCCGUGUACCUGGCGGCCGUGCUGGAGUACCUGACGGCGGAGAUCCUGGAGCUGGCCGGCAACGCGGCGCGCGACAACAAGAAGACCAGGAUCAUCCCGCGGCACCUGCAGCUCGCCAUCCGCAACGACGAGGAGCUCAACAAGCUGCUGGGCAAGGUGACCAUCGCCCAGGGCGGCGUCCUGCCCAACAUCCAGGCCGUGCUGCUGCCCAAGAAGACGGAGAGCCAGAAGGCGAAGAGCAAGUGA